UCUUAUCAGUGUGACAGUGUCCAUUCCGCUUUCAUAUUUGUGAUUUCGUUCCGUCGAGAUUUUCCAUAUUCGUCAUAAACGUAAUAUUUUUUUUUCGUCCGCCGAUCGGAUUUGUGAUUGUAUUUUCUCAUUCAUCGUGUUUUGUUACGAUUCUAUUAUAUUUCUGUAAAUCGCACGCCGGGUCUCCGACUUUAAUGAAAAUCACGAUUCGCGGGCGCUUCUCCGUAAGUUGGGCCGACGGAAUUCGCGGUGCCGUAAUGUAAUCGCGACAGCAAUCGAACGAUAUUCACAGUUCACAUUACAUAAACGCUGCUGAAAUUUUAUUAAAAAUAAAAUAAUAAUCAUCUAACAUUGCCCGUUUUCCAAUCAUGUGCUCAAAAUCGUCGCUACUGCUAUUACUAUGGAGUAGCGCAAUGUUAACUUUGGUGCUUCCUGCAUUCUGUGAAUCUAKUUUUAAUACUCCGACCAAAGUUCGGGUCACGGAACCUACAGACUCUGGCGGUGUUAAUGAUUCAUGUAAUGAUGAUAUUGCUUGUUUGACAAUGGCUACUCAAGACAGGUUGGGUUUAGAUGCAAUUCGAUCUUUACAUCGACAACUAGAUGAUGACGCAGAUGGUGCUAUUGAUCUUUCAGAAUCUGAUGAUUUUCUUCGUGAAGAAUUAAAAUACGAAAAAGGCGCGGAAAAACGUCAAAAGGCAUUUCAUCAAAAUGAUGAUAUGUAUAUAUCUGUUAAAGACUUGUGGGAUGCUUGGGUAAAGUCUGAAGUACACAAUUGGACCGUCGAGCAAACUUGUGAUUGGCUUUCUACAUCAGUGGAACUACCCCAAUAUGUUCCUAAUUUUAUACAACAUAGAGUGACCGGAGCACAUCUCCCUAGACUAGCUGUUGCUAAUAUGCAACUUUUGACAAAUGUACUCGGAAUCAAGGAUCCAAUUCAUAAGCAAAAAAUUGCAUUGAAAGCUAUGGAUGUAGUUCUAUUUGGACCCCCUAAAGAUUCAGUUACACAUUUGAAAGAUUUAGUUUUAAUAACAUUAUUGUUGGGAGCAUUGAUUGGGUUUUGGUAUGUUUACAACCAAAAUAAAAGUUCAACUCUACAUUUAAAACGUAUGAUGAGAGACAUGGAAGGUUUGCAAAAAGCUGAAACAGCUUAUGAAGAUUUACAGAAAGAACUAGAAAAAGCAAAACAAGUACAAGAGUUUGUUAUUACUGAAAAAGCAAAUUUAGAAAAACAAUUACAAGAACAACAAAUUAAAGAUGAAAAUUCAUCAGUACUGAAAUCUUCUUAUUCCAAUUUGGAAAUUUCUCAGCUCAAAACUGAAAUUGAAUCAUUAAGAGGAGAGUUGGCAAGAGCAGAAGGUGAAUUAGAUGACCGUUGUUGGACCCCUCCACAUGGAUUACAGCAAUGGUUACAACUAACACAUGAAAUUGAAAAUAAAUCCUAUAUUAAAAAGAAAUUAAGCGCUGAGAAACAAUUACAGCAAGCAAGAGAAGCGUGUGAAAAGUUACGUAAAAAAAGAUCCAGUUUAGUGGGUGCAUUUGUGUCCACUCAUGGAAAAUCAAUUGAUGAUGUUGACCGUAGUAUUGUUGAAGCAAGAACAUCAUUAAAUGAAGUUACUCAAGAACUUGCAGAGAGGGUGCAUCGAUGGAAGCAAAUUGAAACAUUAUGCGGGUUCAAUAUCAUCAAUAAUAAUGGGCGCAUGAGUAGCCAAGAUGACCUUGAAGAUGAUUCUAGCCAGUAUUCAGUUUGCGUGGGUCCAGGGACGUCGUCUCAAGACCUUGGUGCUUGUGAAAAUUCCGGACAAUGGCGGGACAACGGCCAGGAUUCUUCAGGGAGCGAUCAAUUAGAAUGCGUGGACGAAGAACAACAAACCCGUUCUUUGGAUACAAAACCUUGUUUCAUACUCGGCGAAGACAUAUGUGAUCUAAAACAACCUCAGCAAUCUGUUCAACCAUCAGACUCAAUGCUGAAAUCACACAAUAUUGACAACAACCAAUUCACAUCUGAGCCAGUUGUCGUUCCUGAUAUGUUCCGCCAUUCAAAUUCAGAUUCAAGUUUGGAUCCAAAAUAUCGAAAAAUUUCAAAAGCAUCUAGCCGUKCAGAUAUUUUAGUAUCUCCAACACCUAGUGAAGUGUCUGUAAAACGCAUUAAGCGACACAAAUUAUUUCCAAUAUUUUUAUCUGCGAAAAGUAAAGCAGCUAAAUCCUAUCAAAACUCAGAAAACACUAAUGUAAAUAAUGAUAAGACUAUKAAGUCAUCUAAACAAAAAUCAUGAUUCUGCUCAUUCCUCUUUAUUUGUUGAUUGUAUAUAAUAAUGAUUGUGAUAAACAUGAUUUAAGAAUGUUGAAAAAUAAGUGAUUUAUUAUUUGUAAUUUGUAAUUAUAAUAUAUUAAAUGUAUUUAUGUAUCUAGGUUUAGAUUGAAUUAUAUA